AGCACAUGGACCAACCAAGCAUUUAACUCUUUAUGAAACUUUGAAAGUACUAAAGUUAAAGGGCUAAAAUUAUAAUAUUGGGAAAGUAUGGGGGGAGGGGUGGCAAAGCCGUUGGGUAUCCACCGAGUUUGUCUUUGGUAAAUAGUAAUAACAAUCAACCCAAACACUAAAAAAAAAACACAUCUAGCGCAACCAAAGUGCCGUUACGCGGCCCAACAUCAAUACACAAACAAACCCUUUAUAAAACCCUAAAAACACACACACUCAAAUCUUUUCCGAUCAGUCUCUUAAUUCCAGUAACUUCCUCAUUAAAACCCUAACUCAUCCCUUCAUCCUUCAACCUUCAACAAUGGCGUCCAGCACCCCAAAUCUCGAGUGCCGUAUGUACGAAGCCAGGUUUCCGGACGUCGAUAUGGCCGUAAUGAUUCAGGUCAAAAGCAUCGGCGAGAUGUGCGCCUACGUCUCGCUACUCGAGUACAACAACAUCGAAGGUAUGAUUCUGUUGUCUGAGCUCUCACGACGUCGUAUUAGGAGUAUCAAUAGCUUGAUUAAGGUAGGCCGUACGGAGCCUGUUAUGGUUCUUCAUGUUGAUGAAGAGAAAGGAUAUGUGAAUUUGAGUAAGCGCAGGGUUUCUGAAGAGGAUAUUCAGAUUUGUGAAGAUAGGUAUAAUAAGAGUAAGCUUGUUCACUCGAUUAUGCGACAUGUGGCUGAAACUAUGCAGAUUGAUCUUGAGGAUCUGUAUAUUCACGUUGGUUGGCCUUUGUACCGGAAGUAUGGGCAUGCAUUUGAGGCAUUUAAAUUAGUUGUGAAUGACCCUGACUCCAUUCUUGAUUCACUUACCCGCGAAAUUAAAGAAAUUGGUCCAGAUGGGACCGAGGUGACGAAAGUGGUUCCUGCUUUGACUGAAGAAGUCAAAGAUGCAUUAGUAAAGAACAUUAAAAGAAGGAUGACCCCACAACCUUUAAAGAUCAGGGCAGAUAUUGAGAUGAAAUGCUUUCAGUUUGAUGGAGUUCUUCACAUUAAGGAGGCUAUGCGGAAGGCGGAAGCUGCUGGGAAUCAGGAUUGCCCUGUUAAAAUCAAGUUGGUUGCUCCUCCAUCUUAUGUUCUUAUCACCCAAACUCUUGAUAAGGAGCAAGGGAUUUCAGUUCUCACAAAAGCAAUUGCUGCAUGUACGGAAGAAAUAGAGCUUCACAAGGGAAAACUCACAGUAAAGGAAGCACCAAGAGCGGUGAGUGAACGCGAGGAUAUACUACUGGCUGAACGGAUGGCGAAGCUUAGUCAAGCAAAUGAAGAAGUUGAAGGAGAUGACGACAGUGAAGAGGAAGAAGAUACAGGAAUGGGAGACGUCGAUUUGGACAAACCGCAAGAAAUUUAAACAGCAAAAGAGAAGAGCUCAUUUGUCUUGAUUCGAUUACUUUUUUGAGGUGUUUUUAUUGAUUUUAUUUUAUAUUAUAAUAUUUGUUUACUGGUAAAAAUUAUUGUAUUUUUGUUUUCUGUCAACACCAAGUAGUUGAAUAGAAACUUGUGAUGUCAUCAUACACAGAUUAUAACUACUUUGCUAUGUGGUUAACCAUUGUUUCCAAAUCUCGUUCAUGCAUUAA